AAAUCCUACCUUCUAGGAGAGCCCACCGCCCUACAUUUCAACUCCAUUUGAAACUCUCCUUAUGCUUAUUCUCAUCUCACCUUUGAGCCCAACAAAGUUAGUACCUUCCCCUUCUUUCUGUGUAUAUAUACACUACUAAGUAUUGUUAACCAGCUCAAAUCAUUAGCCACUCCACUCUUACAGAUUCUUUAUAACAUUUCUUGGAUAUUUCUAUAUAUAUAUAAUGGUGGAGGCUUAUUUCACCGGCAGCGGUGGUGGGUGGAGAGAAAUGAAGGGUUUUUUCUUGAAAAUGAUUUUGGGAAGAUGGUUUAUGGUGUUUGCCUCUAUUUUGAUCAUGGCUGUGGCUGGUGCAACUUACAUGUUUGGUUUAUACUCUAAUGAUAUCAAAACGUCAUUAGGUUAUGACCAAACGACACUCAAUUUGCUUAGCUUUUUUAAAGAUUUGGGUGGUAAUGUAGGAGUCUUGUCAGGGCUAAUCAAUGAAGUUACUCCACCAUGGGUAGUUCUGUCAAUUGGAGCAAUAAUGAAUUUCUUUGGUUAUUUUAUGAUUUGGCUUGCUGUUACUGGUCAUAUUCCAAAACCAAAAGUUUGGCAGAUGUGUCUUUAUAUUUGCAUUGGAGCUAAUUCUCAAGCUUUUGCUAAUACAGGAGCUUUAGUCACCUGUGUAAAAAAUUUCCCAGAAAGUAGAGGUGCUGUGUUGGGGUUGUUGAAGAGCUUUGUUGGUCUAAGUGGAGCAAUUUUCACUCAAAUUUACCAUGCUUUGUAUGGAUAUGAUUCCAAAUCUCUUAUCUUGCUUAUUGCUUGGCUUCCUGCUGCUAUUUCCUUCAUAUUUCUCCGUACAAUUCGGAUAAUCGAAGUCGUUCGCCAGGCAAAUGAGCUUAAAAUUUUCUACAAGCUCCUCUAUAUUUCACUUGGUCUUGCUGGUUUUCUUAUGGUUUUAAUUAUCAUGCAGAAUAAGUUCAAUUUCACUAGAAUUGAGUACAUUGGUAGCUCUUCCAUCGUUCUUUUACUACUUUUUCUCCCAAUAGUUGUCGUCAUCAAAGAAGAAUACCACGUCCGGAAGUCCAAGAAAGCAGCUUUGGCUAACCAGUCUUCAAUAAAAGUAAUAACUCAAGAAAAUCCUUCCUCAGUAGAAGUAUCAUCAUCAUCACCACCGCGGGCACAACCUUCUUGCACGAACAACAUUUUCAACCCACCAAAUAGAGGUGAAGACUACACAAUUCUGCAAGCACUUUUUAGUGUUGACAUGUUAAUACUAUUCAUAGCAACAACUUGUGGGGUUGGCGGAACAUUGACAGCCGUUGACAAUCUAGGUCAAAUUGGCAACUCUCUUGGCUAUCCAAGCCAUAGCACCACAACCUUCGUGUCACUAGUUAGUAUAUGGAACUAUCUGGGUCGAGCGGUGGCUGGUUUCGCCUCUGAAUUCUUGCUAACAAAGUACAAAAUCCCUCGUCCUCUAUUAUUCACACUUGUUCUUCUUUUCUCUUGCGUUGGUCAUCUUCUAAUUGCUUUUGGUGUUCCAAAUUCUCUCUACUUCGCUUCAGUAAUUAUUGGGUUCUGCUUUGGAGCUCAAUGGCCAUUGCUGUUCGCUAUAAUAUCUGAAAUUUUUGGCCUGAAGUAUUACUCAACUUUGUAUAAUUUUGGUUCUGUCGCUAGCCCAGUUGGUUCAUAUAUUCUAAAUGUGAGAGUGGCUGGCCAUUUAUAUGAUAAAGAAGCAUUGAAGCAAAUUGAGGGUUUAGGCCUAAAAAGAGAAGCAGGGAAGUACUUGACAUGCAGCGGUGUGCAGUGUUAUAAAAUGGCUUUCCUUAUAAUUACAGCAGCAACUCUGUUUGGUUGCGUUAUUUCCUCUAUUUUGGUGGUUAGGACAAGAAAAUUCUACCAAGGUGACAUUUAUAAGAAAUUUAGAGAGCAGGUCAAGGAUACUGAGAUUGGUCAAACAGUUUCAAGUGGAGCUGGUAAUGUACAGUUGAAAGAGAUUAAAUCACAAGUACCAGUGGAAGGCGCCGGAAACGGUCAUGGAAACCCGAGCACCGGCAGUACUACCACCUUGGCCGCCGGUUCCAUGGUUGACCAAAUUUAGUUAUACUGAUCAAUUAGAUGGUUAAAUUAACAAUAGUAGUAUUGUUUGCUAUUAUAACGUUUAGAAGAGACAUAAAUGUUAAUUUAUAUACUUUUACCUUAAUAUCUAAAUUAUCAAUGGCCCACACGGUCUGGUCCCAUACGGUUUGGUCUAAAACGCGGUAGGAAUCAAAAAUUAAAUUGCCGUUCAGUGGAAACGACAAAAUUAGAGCAUGCGAAAAGGACUUGUAUACUUUGGCCAAAAUGGAAAGUAAUAGAGACAGAGACAUUACAUUUC